CCCGACCACAGCCUUGCCAACCUGCGUGGAGCUGAACAGUUGGAUUUACAGGCAACCAAUGACACUUACCUUUCUCGUCACCGGUCUGAGUGUCACUCUCGCUUCACUCUCUAUAUUAGGCCUUCGCCCUAACAUUGCUCGUACCUUAACAAUACCUUCCGCUUCUCACCAAAGCUUCUAUCUUUGAUACCGUCCAUAUGAUAUAUCUUGGAGCAGCGACAAUACUCAACCUGCUAUUGGCCAGUCCGGGUCGACGCACCUUCAAUCUCAGGUCUCACUUCCAUGCAGGAUGAAAGCACCGGGGUUGAACUGGUUGACGGGUUUCCUUGGCUGGCAGCCAUUCGCAGCAAAUGCAUCUCACGAAUCCACCAGCAAGGUUUGGGUGAUCGUGCUGAAAUUAAUUAUGAUAACACCCGUGGCUUGUGGUGCAUUUGCGACCAAGUCAUUGUACGAAUUCGUCAGAAACCACGAUGAGCUGAAGCAGCCGCCAUAUCAUCCAAGGGUAGAGCUAUCUCUCUUCCUGGUCUACAUUGGACUUGUGGUCAAUUUCGGUUGGUCCUUCGUUUCACCGGCGCUCUACCAUAAAUCCAAAGGCAGUUUCAUCCUGUUCAUCGGCCUCAUCGACCUUGGACUCUCCGCCGUCAUUGCAUUCGGGGUGAAGACUCAGGCGGAGUUCCUGCCAGCUUCACGCAGUGCAUGCUCGGCGGCGAAGGCAGCACAGUGGCAAGUCCAAGGCGAUUACAAGAGCUUUUUCACCCUAGCCUUCGACUUAGGUCACGCCGAUUCUCCAUCAGCAAGUUGUCGAAAAUUUGUAUCAGACUGGCAAUUGGCCGCUGCGUGCUUGGCCUUCCAGGUCUUGAUAUCUUAUGUAGCAGUUUUCUACGACGAACGAGAGCGGAGUCUGCUCAAUCCCUGGAGGCUUCCUAUUUGCAUCGCAAUCAUGAUCAUCUUCCCGAUCAUUAUGCUUGACGAAAUGGUGUUCCCUCGAGUCCGCUACGCCUACCGUUCGUCACUGAAGCUACUUCGAAAAUUUCGAAAACCGAAACAGGUAGAUAUUGAGCUAAGUGGCCGUUACGUCCCGGAUUAUCACCACAACGGUUCCAAUGCCAAACUUCUGCAAGUUCUUUACCUUGAGCACGCACUGCUGGCUAUCGUUGAGAACCUAUGCUACCAGGAUAUUGUCUAUUUCAGCCUGAGUUCCAAGGCCGUGAGAGAGGCUAUUUACCCCGGAAACGAUUUACAGUAUAGAGUUCCGAAACUUAAGCGGAAUUGUUGCGAAGCAGAAACUAGGACGCAUUGCAUUUAUUGCAAUAAAUGGAUAUGCACUACAUGUAUAACCGAGAGGUUUCUCCCAGGCAUGUCAGGAACUAGGCACGUUACGAAAUGCAAACCAUACUGCGGGAAAUGCUUCUAUACGAGCUUCAAAAAGUUCUCUUUGUUUCGAAAGCGAUAUUGCAGAUGCACCUCCACAGACCGAAAGCUCAUACCUCAAAACAUGUGCAUGGGGUGUAGGUCGCGGAAUGAAGCAGAGCUUCAAGAUAUGCGCCAUAAGAUCUAUCAGAGACAAGCUCGAGAUAUAGCGAUGGGUUUGAACGGGCAUCCGGCGAUAUCUCUCUGUGAAAAAUGCAAAGAGGAGUUAAAGCCCGGCAUACGUUGGUGGAUAUGCGGCAAGUGUAACCUGGAGUGCAGGGAUGCGAUUCAUCCGCCAUAUGUGCCAAAGAGGAAGGUUGACACUGAGAUCGGUGGUGGAGUUGAUGAAUCGACUGAUACAGGAAAAAAGCCGUGGUGGAAAGCUUUGGUGGGCUUAUAGUCGUGAAUUUGGGCUUGGUACACAUCACAUCUUCACGAACCAUUAUAGAGAGAGAUCAGAAGAAUUCAUAUAUUU